AAGUGAUGAAGCGUUAAGCGCUUACCCGUAUUGACAGGUGCAUUCGUGUAAAAGUUCCGGAUCUAUUCGCGUACCUAUUAUUGAUGUUGUUUUAUUAAAAGUGCAAUGGUAGUGGAGAAGAAUGUUGGUGGCUGAAAACGGUUGUGAUCGAGGAAGCAGAGCGGCUGCAGCGUGCAACAAUGUGUCAGCCGUCAGUGUCACUUUGGACACACUGUUCGCUGAAUACGCUCAAUACAUGGCGCCUGCGACGCCCGUCACAGUCCGGGCGGCGCUGGACGUCCGCCACGCCUCUGUAGACGAAGCGGCUGCUGAGGUGCGCCUGCUGGCAGACUUGCGACUGAGCUGGCAAGAUCCGCGCCUAGCAUGGAGUGAUGCCGAAUUGGACUGCAAGUCCGUUUUAGUCCCGUCCGAGCGACUCUGGCGCCCCGACGUGGAGCUGCUGAAUGGAGCGGCGAGCGACGGCGUUGACGGCUCCGUGCGAGCAAGGCUGACUUCAGACUCGAAGGUGUUAUGGAUCCAACGCCUCAACGUGGCUGUGCCGCUAGCAAUUGAUUUGAGAGACUGGCCGAGUGACAAACAAACUGCUGCUUUCACUUUCGGUUCAAGGGAACAUACGGCGGAAGAAAUUGCAUUGGGAAUCGACGAUUUUAGGUACGCAACAGUUUGGGAGUCCGGUACUUGGCUGAUCGAGUCUGUGGUCGGUGAGAAGGCCACCCUGGGCUCAAAGCCCGUGGUCUCCUGGACCGUGGUUCUCCGACGGCGGGCCGCAGCCCACGUCCUAGCCAGUGGAGCCGUAUUGCUGGCGGCUGCUGCAGUACUUCUCACAGCAGUGGUCCUGCUGCCGCAGCAGAGACACUCGCUGUGUGCUUGUGCUGCGUUCACUGCUGCGCUUUGGUUGACCUCAGCACUUCUGCGUCUCCCCGGCUCAGCAACAUGUCCGCGAACGCUGUCCUGCAUGGCAGGCGUGCUGGGCGUGGCCGGAGUGUGCUGUGCCGUCGCUGCGAUGUUAGCGCGGCUAGCACGCGUGCAGCGACCGCCGCCACCGCAGCUGCGAGCGUUGCUGAGUAGAGCGCCCGCGUGGGCCGUCGCCACUUCACCACAUGAAGGUGACAGUACAUCUGCAUCCUGGGCGGCAGCAGCACAGCUCCUCGACAAUGUGCUGCGCGCAGCACUCGCGCUGACGUUACUCGUCCUUGUCUGCGUAGCGCUAUAGCACUAACCACCACAACUCCAUCGUAUCUGCAGUAUCACUGCUAACAGUCUCUGAACCACUAGUCUCCUAUUAUUUCAGCCGGGCGGCAGCAGCAUAGCUCGUAAGCAACGUGCUGCGCGCAACUCGUUCUAGUCUGCAUUGCGAAGAUAAGUUAGGUACCCCCUUUUUUUCUAAUCCGUGUAGGCAAUGAACGAGCGUCUUCUUCCUUUUUUUGUGAAAUUGAUAAUAGGUAUUUGUACCUCUCUUUAUGCCGCGAAAGAUGAUGACUGAGACGGGCAGCUGCAGCCCAACAUCUUUGUUGUGAAACGUAUAAUAAUAUUCGGAAUGAGCUGGAUCAGAAAAUGACUUACAACUCAUGCCAAACAGUCAUAAAUAAUAGGAUUUUUAUUUAAAUUUUAAAUAGUUCAGUUGUAAACUUACAAGACCUAAUUCUAAUUUAAUAAAAGGAACAAUAAACGAAUAGUAAUUUAAAA